AUGCAUGGCCAGGAUCACCGACACGUGAUCACCCAGCAGAAGAACAGCUCGCGGAGCCACCACCCCCACGACAGACCACCCCCACGACAGACCACACCCACGACAGACCACCUGCACGACAGACCACCUGCACGACAGAGCACACCCACGACAGAGCACCCCCACGACAGACCACCCCCACGACAGACCACCUGCACGACAUACUACCCCCACGACAGAGCACCUCCACGACAGACCACCCCCACGACAGACCACCCCCACGACAGACCACCUGCACGACAGACAACCCCCACGACAGACUACCCCCACGACAGAGCACCUCCACGACAGAGCACCCCCACGACAGACCACACCCACGACAGACCACCCCCACGACAGACCACCUGCACGACAGACAACCCCCACGACAGACUACCCCCACGACAGAGCACCUCCACGACAGAGCACCCCCACGACAGACCACCCCCACGACAGACCACCCCCACGACAGACCACCUGCACGACAGACCACCCCCACGACAGACUACCCCCACGACAGAGCACCUCCACGACAGAGCACCCCCACGACAGACCACCCCCACGACAGACCACCCCCACGACAGACCACCUGCACGACAGACAACCCCCACGACAGACUACCCCCACGACAGAGCACCUCCACGACAGACCACCCCCACGACAGACCACACCCACGACAGACCACACCCACGACAGACCACCUGCACGACAGAUAACCCCUACGACAGACUACCCCCACGACAGAGCACACCACGACAGAGCACCCCCACGACAGACCACCCCCACGACAGACCACCCCCACGACAGACCACACCCACGACAGAGCACCCCCACAACAGACCACCCCCACGACAGACCACCUGCACGACAGAGCACCCCCACGACAGAGCACACCCCACGACAGACCACCUGCACGACAGACAACCCCCACGACAGAGCACCCCCACGACAGAGCACCCCCACGACAGACCACCCCCACGACAGACCACCUGCACGACAGACAACCCCCACGACAGACUACCCCCACGACAGAGCACCUCCACGACAGAGCACACCCAUGACAGAGCACCCCCACGACAGACCACCCCCACGACAGACCACACCCACGACAGAGCACCCCCACGACAGACCACCCUUCGAAAGACCACCCCCACGACAGACCACCCCCACGACAGACCACCCCCACGACAGACCACCCCCACGACAGACCACCUGCACGACAGACAACCCCCACGACAGAGCACCUCCACGACAGACCACCCCCACGACAGACCACCCCCACGACAGAGCACCUCCACGACAGACCACCCCCACGACAGACCACCCCCACUACAGACCACCUGCACGACAGACAACCCCUACGACAGACUACCCCCACGACAGAGCACCCCCACGACAGACAACCCCCACGACAGAGCACCCCCACGACAGACUACCCCCACGACAGAGCACCCCCACGACAGACCACCCCCACGACAGACCACCCCCACGACAGAGCACCCCCACGACAGACCACCCCCACGACAGACCACCUGCACGACAGACAACCCCCACGACAGACUACCCCCACGACAGAGCACCCCCAAGACAACCCACCCCCACGACAGAGCACCCCCACGGCAGACCACCCCCACGGCAGACCACCUGCACGACAGACCACCCCCACGACAGAGCACCCCCACGACAGACUACCCACACGACAGACCACCCCCACGACAGACCACCCCCACGACAGACCACCCCCACGACAGAGCACCCCCACGACAGAGCACACCCCACGACAGACCACCUGCACGACAAACAACCCCCACGACAGACUACCCCCACGACAGAGCACCUGCACGACAAACAACCCCCACGACAGACUACCCCCACGACAGAGCACCCCCACGACAGACCAACUGCACGACAGACAACCCCCACGACAGAGCACCCCCACUACAGAGCACCCCCACGACAGACUACCCCCACGACAGACCACCCCCACGACAGACCACCCCCAUGACAGAGCACCCCCACGACAGACCACCUGCACGACAGAGCACCCCCACGACAGAGCACACCCCACGACAGACCACCUGCACGACAGACAACUCCCACGACAGAGCACCCCCACGACAGAGCACCCCCACGACAAACCACCAGCUUGACGACCGCAACAAGGACAUCCUAGCGGCCGGUGGGCCCGGCGCGCGACGGUGA